AUGAAGUUCUCUGUUUUUAAACUAUUUUUAGUGCUAUUCUAUUCUUGCCAAGCUCAAGAUAUUUUAUUUCCUGAUAAAUUCCAGAGAAUUCAGGAACGAUAUCAGAACCACUAUCCACGACCAAAUCAGCCCUCACCACCUCAUCACCCACCGGUCUUUAAUCGACAACAAUGGCAGCCCUCACCGAUAUGGGCCCCGUUUCACGAUAAGUAUCCACCGUUUGAACAAAAGAAUGUUGGAACAAGUAGACCAUUCUUUGAAUCAUUUGAACAGUUUCGGGAUAUUUUGUCAAGAGGAACAACGCAAUUGACUUUGAACAUUGAUAAUAUAAUGGAAAAACAAUAUCCCAGAGACAACCUUGUUUUCUCACCUCUGAGCUUGCAAAUGUUACUUGCGACCAUUCUUUUGGCGUCCAAGGGACAAACUUUUGAUGAAAUCACCAAAAUUUUUAAUAUCAACAGUGGUAUAUUCAAAAAUUCGGAGAAUGAUUUCCACCAAAAUUUUGGAAAACUUAUCCAGCAAACGCUUUCUAGUACGAAUAAACUUGGAGCGCCGAAAUUUAACUUUGGAACAGGAGUGUUUGUAACGAGAAAUUCUCCUAUAGGCAAAUCUUUUACAUCAGCAAGUGAGAAGAUUUAUCAAGCUCAUGUUAAGAACAUUGAUUAUAGAUAUGAACCAGCUCGAAAUAUCAUCAAUGAUUGGGUGAAAUCUAAAACCGAAGGUCUAAUUCCAUCGUUUUUGGACGAACAACCAAGAGGCGAUACUAAAGCUAUCAUAGCAUCUGCUAUAUACUUUAAAGGAGAAUGGAAAGCUCGUUUACACACUAGUGACAUAAUGUGGCGAUUCAAAAUUUCAAACAAUGAAAUGAAAAAAGUGAAUGCGUUGGUAUCCGACGGAACUAUACCAUAUCGCUUUUUGGAGGAAAAAAGACUAAAAAUAGUUGCACUUCCAUACAAAAGUUCACAGGUUUCUAUGUACGUCAUUGUACCACAAAAACCAGGAAUAGAAGGUUUAAGAACGUUAAAGAAAGAAUUAACACCUGAAAUUAUCGAUGAUUUAAUUGGAAAAAUGAAAGAACAAUCCAUUCAACUUAUGCUACCAGCAAUGAACCUAUCUAGCACUGUGGAUUUGGAAAAUAUUCUAGGAGAAAUGGGUCUCUCAACGUUGACUGAUCCAAGCCGAGCUGAUUUGAGUGUUUUAACAUCUAACGAAGGCAUUCCUAUCGAUGUACUAAGAACAAACCGAAAUAUUAGGAAUCCAGGUAUAUUUUUCGAUAAAAUCGUUCAAAAAGUUAAAAUUGCUGUGACCGAAAAAGGCACUGAAGCUGCUGCUGCCACAGGCGCAUUAAUUGACCGAAUGUUCAUUCCCACCAUAAACGCUAAUCAACCGUUCUUAUUUUUUAUCAGAAACGACGAUACUAAAUCUAUAUUAUUUUACGGUAGUAUCAAAGAUCCUAAUCCUUAA